UCCCACCACAACUCUUCUUUAACCAUCUUUUAUUCUCUUUCAACCUAGCUACUCGAGAAAUGUCGUUGUUGAUGUCAAUGUCGAUGUCGAUGAACUUAGUUAGUAUUAUCGUGUUGGUGAGCGUUAGUGUAACAUUUAGAGGCGUGAAUGGAUUGAGUAUGGGAUAUUACUUGAUGAGCUGCCCGUUUGUGGAUCCGAUUGUGAAGAACACGGUGAAUCGAGCUCUUCAAAAUGAUCCCACUUUGGCUGCAUCUCUCAUACGAAUGCAUUUUCAUGAUUGUUUCGUUGAGGGAUGCGAUGGAUCAGUGUUGAUUGAUUCAACACGAGACAACAGAGCAGAAAAGGAUUCUCCCGCCAAUGAAAGCUUACGAGGUUACGAGGUUAUUGAUGACAUUAAGGAACAAUUAGAAAACCAAUGUCCUGGUGUUGUUUCUUGCGCCGACAUUGUCGCCAUGGCUGCCAGAGAUGCAGUCUUUUGGGCGGGAGGUCCAUUUUAUGACAUACCGAAGGGAAGGAAGGACGGAACGAGAUCUAGAAUCGAAGACACCGCCAAUUUGCCUUCGCCUUUCUUCAAUGCAUCUCAGCUUAUUAAUACCUUCGCCCGCCGUGGCUUUACAGCUCAGCAAAUGGUCGCACUUUCGGGGGCGCAUACAUUAGGAGUGGCACGAUGCGUAUCAUUCAAAGACAGACUGGACGGCACCGACACUCUUCUGAGUCCCAACUUUGGGAGAACACUGUCAAGAACAUGCAGCAAUGGCGACAAUGCAAUACAAACAUUCGACGCCACGGCUGACAGCUUCGACAACGUCUAUUACAACGCGCUGUCGAGAGGAGCCGGGGUUUUGUUUUCGGACCAGACGUUGUUCGCUAGCCCGCGUACGAGGGGCAUUGUCAAUGCCUACGCCAUGAACCAAGCCCUGUUCUUCUUGGACUUCCAACAGGCCAUCAUCAAAAUGGGUAUGCUUGAUGUAAAGGAAGGUCGUUGGGGCCAAGUCCGCCGCAACUGCCGUAGGGUUAAUUGAUUUAGAUGUAUUAGUUGUUAAUAAUAAGUAAUGCAACACUCCCGUGUGGAUGUCGGUGUUUUGUGUGCGUGCAAGUGUGUGAUAACGAUCAUAUUAUAGUUAUUUGUAAUUAACUCUUGUUCACUAAAGUUCUCUCUCUUUUAGAACCGUGUUUGUAACAGCUCAAGUUCACUA